AUGGAAAAAUCGAUACUACAAGCCCCUCCCCAGUCAUUCACCUUUCAGAUUUUUGAUACCAUUGAUGGAGACUUUUGCAAGGAAGACGUUUUAGUCCGCCUCAUCUAUUUUUGGGAAGCUCGAAACUUCAAGAAAAGAAACAUGCUUAUGGGCGUUGAACUGCUUCUCAUCGACUCUAAGUCUAAUGCAGCCCAAGCUUACAUACCAGAAAACUGCCUAUUCCACUACGAAGGUCGUCUGAAAUCCAACUCUGUUUACACUCUCAACAAUUUCAUGAUCAUUGCCAGCAAAAAGCCUAUUGGAGACCAUCAGAUCGACGAACAAAAGUUUUGUUUCCGAUCUUUUGACGCAGACGUCGCAGAAACCAAACAAUACCUGACAUGGAAGCUAGCUUCUACUGUUUUUGGUACCAUUCUUGACAUACAACCACAAUAUGGUUGGUACUACAUCUCAUGCAGCAAAUGCAACAACAAACUUGAGAAGGCUGAUACAUCUUUGUACUGCAACUAUUGCAAGGAAUCCAACAACAUCGGUGUCAACAGAUAUCGUUUUGAGAUAAGAGUAUAUGACAUAUACAAAGAUGUUGCAACUUUUGUUGUCCUCGAUAGUGAGGCCACCAAAAUUGCUGGGCAUAGAGCUGCUGAUGUUUUAAACGAAGAAAUGGAGGCUUCCAGCACAGCUUCGUAUACUGAAAUAAAUUUGCAGACCCCAGAAUGUUUAAAACAUAUCGUUGGCAAUACUUGCAAAUUCCAAAUCAAGCUCUCUGAAUACAACUUCAAAACUUCUCGCCAAACUGUCUCAAUCUCCCGCAUUUUGGAAACCAUCACUGACCAUCCAGCCGAAUCAGAAGAAGGAAGUUCUACCAAGUUGAUUCCUGAAAUUCAGAGUACUACCACUACAGGCAAAUCUCGAGGAAAAUCACAUGUCAAUGAUUCAACCGAUAAGAAUGGAUCUACUCAGGAGAAACGUCCCCGCCCGGAUAAUAAGUAG